AUGUCAUCAUCAUCAUCAUCUGAUGAUGUCGACGAAAGAUUGGAUGAUAUUAUCGACCAAAUCGUCGAAGAUACAUACAAUGAUAUUGUGGAGCCCCAACCAAAUAAUCGACGGAGACGUGCUUAUGUAGAACGAUAUCGUGAAGGAGGCCAUAACCGUUUAUGGAAUGACUACUUCAGCGUAGACGCGACAUACUCGGCACAGUUCAGACGGCGUUUUCGCAUGAAUAAGGAUUUAUUCAUACGUAUUGUCUAUGAACUCUCAGAGAACAUUCCGUUCUUUCAACAUAGACAAGAUGCAACCGGGAGGUUUGGUCAUACACCGCUUCAAAAAUGUACGGCAGCAAUUCGUCAGCUUGCUUAUGGUUCUGCAGCUGAUGCGGUUGACGAGUAUCUCCGAAUUGGUGAGAGCACUGCACUUUUGUGUUUACAUAAGUUCACUGAUGGAAUCAUCCGGUUGUUUGGAGAUGAGUAUCUACGAAGACCCACACCGGCGGAUCUUCGACGACUUCUCGAUAUUGGAGAGACACGCGGGGUAAAGUACGUGGUCAACGGGCAUCUGUAUAAAUUGGCGUACUACCUCACAGACGGGAUAUAUCCAAAAUGGUCAACAUUUAUCCAAUCUAUCACACUCCCCCAAACUCCUAAACAAGAGUUAUUUGCUAAAGUUCAAGAAGCAACCCGUAAAGAUGUGGAGCGGGCUUUUGGAGUUCUACAAGCCCGAUUUGCGAUUGUGAAAAACCCGGCUCUUUCAAUGAACAAGAUUCCUGUUGCUUCAUCUUUAUCUUCGAUGGGUAUUGCUUUGUUGUUUCAAGCGUUUCUUGGCGACGUCUCUUGGAAAGGUUCUGGUUUGAGCAAGGGACUUCUCUGCAAGUUCAGGGGUUUUGGUUCUCGUCUUGCGGUUUCAGCCAAGUAA